AUGGUUGCUACCCCUUUGACCCCCCUCGAGACCUUCGUCUCGCGCAACACAUUUACCAGAAUAUUCGGAUUUACUGGCUCGCUUUUCAAACGUACUGGAAAAUUGUACUUUUCGGUUACGAUACCCCAGGCUGGUCGUAAAUGGACUCUUGUUGGGUUUUCCGUAAUCUUCGCUGUCGGAGCUGUGGGUUGGUUCCACACCGUCGCAGAUCGCGGUCUUGGCCUGAUCUAUGGCGGACGUGUCAUCUCGGGAUUUUCCAUUGGCGGUAUAUCCGCCGUUGCCCCCGCCUAUGUGUCCGAGUGUUCUCCAAAUAAUGUUCGUGGGCGUAUCACUGGUCUGUUCCAAAUCAUGGUGGCUCUCGGCUUUAUGGUUUCACACUUCCUCAAUUAUGGCAUCAACCAAAGCGCUACGUUGAUGUCCAGUCCCCUGAUUUGGCGUCUUCCGUUUGGUUUCCAGCUUGUUCCAUGUGGCAUUAUGUUGUUCGGCUUGCUCGCCGUCAAAGCUUGUCGAAUCGCCUCGCAGGAGGCUUUCUUCGGAAAAGGCAAUUUUAUUCGUUUCGUUAUCACUUUUGUGAUCUUCCUCCUCCAACAAUGGGGUGGACAGAACUCGGUUGGUUCCUACGCCCCUCAAACCUUCGCAUCCCUAGGUCGUAAAUUUUCUCUAUUUAUAUCCUCAAUGGGAAUGGGCAUUUUUCAGAUCAUUAAUCCUCCUCCCGCCUUCAAGGGUAUGGCCGCUAUGUUGCACAUCUACGUCUGCUUCUAUUCCUUGGGAUGGGGCCCCCUUCCCUGGGUUUAUGUUGUCGAUAUAUUCCCAACUCGGACGCAACACUACUACGGAGUGCAUCCCAAUGGCUCUGUCACGGUACACGUUACGCCACAAAUGGUCACAAAUCUCGGUUACAAAAUCUUCCUCAUGUUUGCUACAGUCAAUAUCGGAGCGAUGGCCACAUUCUCUCUGUACGUUGACGGUCCACCGGUUCUUCUCCAGCCACCUGUGGAAUCAGCACUCCCAGCCUUAUUCCCAGAGAAACCAAAGGAUAUGGACGUCAUAUUUGGCUCUAUCACGGCAGAACAAAGGCAGGCUAACAUAACGAAACAAGAAGACGUCGAGAAGCACGAAGUCAUGUUGAAUAUCGAUGAUAAUGAAGGGUCGACGAACAGGCAUUUCGAUGCGUCAUCUUCAAGAUCUUUUUUUUCUUCUUUCUCCUCAUGUUUUCGACUCCCAAUGACUUGCCCAAUGAUAUCAUUGUCAUGA